AUGAGGGAGAUUGAAAGACGGCAAGAACUGGAGAGAAGAUUAGAAGAAGAGAAGAAGAGAGAAGAGUAUAAAGAUCUCACCGAACUUGUUAAUAAGGUGCUACCAGAUUCUAUUGCAUCUAAACUUCGUCCUAAAGGCUCAAGACUAGCACAUCUCUAUGGCCUUCCCAAGACUCAUAAGMCUACUCUGUGUAUGCGUCCUAUCUUGUCUGCAACCAAUACAUAUAACUAUCCUUUGGCUAAAUGGCUUGAAGAGAAACUUAAACCAUUAUCUACAAAUCAAUAUACUGUCAACGAUGCAUUUACGUGUGCAGAAGAAUUACGAUCCCUCUCUGUUAAUGAUGAUGAUGUUUUGGUAUCGUACGAUGUGUCAGCAUUGUUUACGAAUGUCCCACUUGAGGAAACAAUUGAUAUCAUUGUUGACAAAGCAUUUACGGAUGACUGGUUCAAUACAACCUACAACCUUAAUAUUCAAAGGCAUGAUUUGAAAAAGCUUCUACAGAUGUCAACUUCAAGACAGCUUUUCCAGUUCAAUGGUCAGCUUUAUGAGCAAAUAGACGGUGUUGCGAUGGGGUCUCCCCUUGGUCCGUUAAUGGCUAAUGUCUGCAUGUGUCAUCUAGAAGAAAAACUAACAUCUGACAUGGGUGAUUCUUUCCCAUCUCUUUACAGGAGAUAUGUGGAUGAAAAAACAUGA